AUGUACUCCAACACAGCAGUCUCGGUUGUUUUGUUAGCGUUGACUGGUUCCACGGCUGCCUUGCAAUCCUGGUCGCAGUACGACUAUGAUCUCGUCGCUCGAGCGGCGGAGAUUCUCUCGGACGGAAGCAAUAGCCUGACGCAUUCCUUGCGGUCGGAGGAUCUCCUCAGUCGUUCACCAAUGGACAGUGACAGGAUCAAGACCAUAAUGGAUAAGAAGGGAAGAGAUCACGCCGCUGGGCUUACCGCCGGUCGUAGACCUCGCCCUCGUUCCCCAAUGGACAGUGACAGGAUCAAAACCAUCAUGGAUAAGAAGGGCAGAGAUCACGCUGCAGGGCUCACUGGCGGUCGCAGGCCCCGCCCUCGUUCACCAAUGGACAGUGACAGGGUUAAAACUAUCAUGGUUAAGAAGGGUAAAGAUCAUGCCGCGGGGCUUACCGGCGGCCGCAGACCUCGCCCUCGUUCACCAAUGGACAGUGACAGGGUUAAAACUAUUAUGGUGAAGAAGGGCAAAGAUCAUGCCGCGGGCCUUACUGGGGGUCGCAGACCUCGCAGCGAGUAA